GCUGGGCCAGCAGCACAGGAAGAACGACGCAUCUGGAUCUAAAGAGAGUAAUGUCGGUUUCCACGGGGCUCGUGCCGUGCGUCUGUGGGGAUUUUGUGUAACCAGACUGCUCGACACGACUUGGAAGCGUUUUUGCGUGGAGUUGUCAGACCAGUAACCGCCUUCAUGGAUCAGACCGUCGCCAUUCAAGAAACGCUUAAAAAGGAGGAGAACUGCAUCAUUGCUGUCCAAUGUGAUAUCUUUUUUGAAAAUGUUACAGAAAACCGACUGAUAGGAUUGGUGGAGUCCUCCAAAGAACAUGCAAUUUUUAUUUAUACCCAUCGACGGAUGGCCAUUACUGCUGAAGAUGUGUCCCUUGAAGACAUCAUACCCAUCUCCCUUGAUUUUGCUGUUGUGGAAAUUUCUUCACCGGAGGAACUUGCAGUAGUGGGGGCUGAUACCAGAGUGAGAGUAAGUUACCUGGAAGAAGAUAUUGAUCUCAGGCUUCCUUUUGGACACAACUCGCGGUAUUUCCUCAGUGAGGUCAACAAGGCCUGGAGUGAUGUCUGCAAGUCUCCCACACACGUGCCCAAGUUUGAUUGGAUCAGCAAGUACCCUAAAAGCACCAGAGGCCAGGGAGUUGUCAAACAGGCACUUGCUCCCCUGGGCACAACGAUCACUAAACUCAAUCAACACAGGAAUUCAGAGAGAUUAUCAGACAAAAAGCCGUCCACCGAAACGGAAAAACCUGUCGGUGCCACACAGAAAACUAAAGCACAAUCCAAUCCAGAGAGUCAAGGCAUCUCUAGUCGUGAGGAGCGGAAUGACCUUAUCCGCUCUUCCAGUCACACUCCCUCCAACAAAGCUCAGAUUCUGGUCAUGCCACAGUUUGGCCUGCGUGAUAAUCUCAUCAGAUGUGAGCUGAUGAAGAAUGAAGACUCUUACACUUACCUUGAACAUUUCAGCUUUUUCCUCGGCACGUACAAUGUGAAUGGACAAACUCCCAAGGAAAGCCUCCGGUCUUGGUUAAGCUGCACUGUCAACCCUCCUGACAUAUACUGUGUGGGUUUCCAGGAGCUUGACCUCAGCAAAGAAGCCUUCUUCUUCAAUGAUACCCCCAAAGAGCAAGAGUGGAUGAAGGCUGUGUCUGAGGGCUUGCAUUCAGAAGCCAAGUAUGCCUUAGUGAAGUUGGUGCGUCUGGUGGGGAUCAUGCUCAUCUUUUAUAUAAAGAAGGAGUAUGCGGAGUUUAUUUCUGAAGUGGAGGCUGAGAGUGUGGGCACUGGCAUCAUGGGGAGGAUGGGAAACAAGGGCGCUGUGGCAGUACGUUUUCGUUUCCACCACUCGGACAUCUGUGUGGUCAAUUCUCACCUCGCUGCUCACAGUGAGGAAUAUGAGAGGCGUAAUCAAGACUUUAAGGAUAUUUGCAGCCGUCUACAGUUUCCCCAGCUAAACCCUGCCCUGCCUUCUCUCACUGUGAUGAAGCACGAUGUGGUUCUGUGGAUUGGGGACCUCAAUUACAGGAUCAGUGAGCUGGAUGUUGAUAAUGUGAAGGAACUAAUUAAUAAGAAGAAUUUUAAAAAAUUGCACAAUUAUGACCAGCUUCAGCGGCAGAUCAGUGAGAAGGCCGUGUUUGUUGGUUUUGCAGAAGGAGAGAUUAAUUUUCAACCCACCUAUAAAUAUGACACUGGUUCUGACAACUGGGAUACAAGUGAAAAAUGUCGAGUGCCAGCAUGGUGCGACCGCAUCCUGUGGAGAGGGAAGAAUGUCCGGCAGCAACACUAUCAGAGUCACAUGGCCCUGAAGACCAGUGACCACAAGCCUGUCAGUUCUCUGCUUACCAUAGGGAUCAAGUGUGUAAAUGAAGAGGCCUAUAAGAAGAGUUUUGAAGAAAUCGUUCGUAACAUAGAUAAGAUGGAGAAUGAGUGCAUUCCAUCAGUUACCUUGUCCAAGCAAGAGUUCCACUUUAAGGAUGUGAAGUUUAUGCAGCAUCAGGCGGAGACAUUACACCUCAUCAAUGAUGGGCAGGUCCCAUGUCAGUUUGAGUUUAUUCAGAAGCCAAAUGAGGCUACUUAUUGUAGGCCCUGGCUCACAGCCAGUCCUUCCAAAGGCUUCGUCACUCAAGGGGCUUCUGUGGACAUUGAGUUUGAGGUUUUUGUGAACCGCUCAAUGGCACCUGAACUUAACUCUGGGAAACAAAAGAUUGAAGACAUCUUGGUGCUUCACCUGGAGCGUGGCAAAGACUACUUCAUCUCUGUGACUGGAAACUACCUGCCCAGCUGCUACGGUACAUCCAUUCAUACGUUGUGCCAGCUGCGGGAGCCCAUCCAGGAUAUGCCACAAGAGACCAUCUAUGAGCUGCAAAAGGCUGAGAUGUCAGGAGAUGAUGGUGGAGCAGCAGUCUGUGAAAAGCCUCUCGAUAUUCCUAAAGAACUUUGGAUGAUGGUGGAUCACUUAUUCCGUAACGGCAUGCAACAGGAAGAUAUAUUUCAACAACCUGGCCUUCGGAGUGAAUUUGCAGAAAUUCGGGAUUGUCUUGAUACAGGCAUGCUAGAUUCUCUCCCGGGCAGUAACCAUUCGGUGGCAGAAGCAUUGCUUCUCUUCCUUGAUGCCCUUCCAGAGCCUGUGAUUCCAUAUUCCUUUUACCAGCACUGCCUCGAAUGCUGCUCUAUUGCCAGUCAGUGUGAGAAGGUUAUCUCAAUGCUACCUCAGUGCCAUCAAAACGUAUUCAACUAUUUAACUGCCUUUCUCCGUGAGAUGUUGAAAACUUCUGCUAGCAAUCGCUUGGAUGUCAACAUUUUGGUCUCCAUUUUUGCUGCCUUGCUGAUGAGGUCACCUACGAAGCAGGAUGUUGCAGAAAAAAGGAAACUCAGGGAGUUCUUUCAACAUUUCCUCAACCAAGAUGUCUAGAUGGAACGCUAUUCACUUAUGCUGAUUAAGGAACACUAAAAUUACGCAGUCCAGUAUUUACAUUUUAAUGAUUUCUGAUAUUGCUUGAUUUUUUUUUUUUAUUUUUUUUGGUAUAAAUAGUAUUAUUGUAAAAGCAUAAUAAGUUAUAAUAUAUUCUGUUCUUUCACUGUUUGCAAGCUGUUAAUGCACAGCAUUCAUUGUACAUCACAGAGUAUCAUAUGGAGAGUUAACCAUUUUUAAUUUGUUUUUUUUAAAAGAAAGUUUGUAUUAUAAUGUUAUCACAUCUCAAGAACCGAUUGUUUUAUAUUAUAUAAAAGAUGUGGAAACAAG